AUGGCACCAAGAAAGAAAACUUAUACCAAUGCUGUCCUUUAUGGAAUGGGUGCUGGUUUUUCCUUCAUAUUUGGCAUCGUUUUUGUUCAAUGGAUCCUUUCACGUAACUAUCUAACUGGAAUUUCUUCUUAUUUCGAAAAUAUCAUUACAAUUUCCUCCAUAGUUCAGAUUUGCCUAAUGGUUUCAUUGUUGUUAUUACUAUACUUAAGUAAGCCAUGGUCCAUUAUUGUUACCUUAAUUUUAUCAAUUUCAGCAUGCGUUUUAUACCUUUCUUUAUUAGUUAUCACAGCUGUAAAGACUACAUACAUUGUUGAUUCUUACGGGUACGUCUUCGAAAAGCCGGAAUAUUUCAGAUUUGGCGAUAAAUUACAAUUAAUUCAUCAGUGCUGCGGCUGGAUGAACACCUCUGAUGUACCAGUUGAGCUAUCAUGCACAGGAACUGAAGCUUGCCGAAAAUUCGUCAAAAAGGAUAUCACACUUGCUGUCGUAUUCAUGGAUAUCUCGUGUGCUGGCAGUAUUAUAUUAUUAUCUAUAUCAUGCUUUUACAUCUACAAGUUCUUAAAGGAAACUCUUCAUCCAAUUUCGAACUUUGAUGAGCUUACAUUAGCGCCAUUAGAUAACCAGCCAUAA